CGUCCGUCCACGUCAGAGAGACCCUGAGGAAACACCAUGUCCACCGCCUUCUCCUUCCACACGCAGCUCGGCUCCAUCAUGGACGCGAUCUCCAAAACGGCCGUGAUGGAAAUCAGCAAACUGGUAGAGAUCGAGUCGAAGAUGCUGAAGAUCGAGAUCACCCGAGGACGCAACGAGAUCUGCUCCCUCAGCGAGAAGCUGCAGCUGAUGGAGAAGCUGCUGUACAUGGCCCAGGGGGGGGGCAGCCGGCAGGAGGCGCUGGUGGUGAGGAGGGAAGCUCCGGUCCACAGAGACCAGGAGCCGGGCAGGACCAGAGCUGCCAUGAAGAGUGAGAUCCACUGGGAAAGCACAAGUUCCUCCACUGAGAUCAGCAGCUUGCAUCACGUUGAGGAGGCUGCAGCUGAGCCUCCACAGAAAGAGCAGCCUGAUCUGAUCGUGGUGAAGGAGGAGCCUGCAGAGGUGGAGACCAGGGACACUCAGCGAGACAGGACCAGUGGAACCAGAAGGAAAGCGGUCACAGACGCUCAGAGGAGCUCGGAUGUGAUGAAGAGCCACAAACCCAUCGCAGAACGCCAUCAGCCCGUGUUCCCUCCUGAACGCUUUGUGACCCUGAACGCCCAGCCCCCCCCCGCUGCACCAGGGAGGGGGGUAACACAGUGGAAUCAACAGCUCGCCCCUGCAAACACAUCAAACCCAGAGCCCGGGAAAAGCAUCGCUCAAAACGUUGCCUCCCAGAGCUUAAGCGUGCUCAGGAACAUGAAGAUUCACACUUUGAGGAACACCGGGGCCAAGAGGUUCGCCUGCCUGCAGUGCGGCAAGAGCUUCAGGUGCUUCAGCCAGCUGGAGAUCCACCAGAGGAGUCACACGGGAGAGAAACCCUUCAGGUGCACGCUGUGUGGAAAGAGAUACGCACAGAAAGGACAUCUGUACACACACCAGCGCACACACACCGGGGAGAAGCCGUAUCGCUGUCCAAUUUGCGGGAAGGGCUUCAUUCAGAAAUGCACUCUUGAUAUGCACCAGCGCACACACACCGGAGAGAAACCCUUUGUUUGUAUCAAAUGUGGCAAAGGUUUCACCAAGAACUGUAAUCUGAAGAAACACCUGGCAGUACAUUUAGAUCCGGGUCUGACCAUGUAUGAUUCUGCUGCUUCAACAUUCAGUGUGACAUUAAUCAAUGGAACCACUUGCUCUUCCCCCGAGGGACCCGGCGGGAGGGUCGGGUCAGGGGUCGCGGAACAGCCGCUCUCCCCCCGGUACGACCCCCGACGCUGGUCCGUGGUCGGCCUGUCCGUCCUGGGCUCCGCGGGGUGUGUGUCCGCGGUCGGCUGCUUGUGCGCCUUCAUCUACCCCAUCCUGAAAGAGCUGCGGGCAGGGAGAGUGAGAGGAGAGGACGGGACUGAAGAGAGAAUCCUGGGUUUCUGGAGCAUCCUUGUGCUGUCAGUAGUCGUUGGAUUCAUCUGCUGCGUCUUCUCGUGGACUCUCACCUACCUGGACUCAUACCAGCCGGGCAAGGGCUUCCUGUCACCGCUGCCACCGGCCCACCUCAGAGAUGAACCUGGCCAUCGGUCUCAGGUGGGUUAUGGAGCUGUCGUCCUCAACGGCCUCAUGGCCGUGCUCACCCUGGCCGUCAUCCUGGACAAAGUGACCCAGGCGGCUCUGCUGGAGAUCAGCUCCCUGGCGGACGAGUGCUCCUCCGUCCUUCACGCCGAGAUGUCGCUGCACAAGACGGAGAACGAGGCUCUGAAGAAGCGCUGCUACUCGCUGGAGCUCCAGCUGCGAGCCGCCCGGGAGCCGCAGACCUUCCCCGGCCACAGCGUCCACAGCGUCGGCCGCCGGCUCCCCGCAGAACUUCAUCAACCUGCUCCGGCCAUCGAUGGAGUUUUUGGGAAGGACUGGUGUAUGGACUUCUGGAGAGAAGAGAAACUCCCCUCUCACAGAAAAGAAACAAUGGAGCCUCCUGCAAUGACAAGCAUGGGAGCACCGGCCAUAGACCUGACGGAGAGAGAGCCUGAUACCAUCUUUGUCAAGGAGGAGAUAUACGAUGAUCAUCCCAUCGGUCAGCAGAUGACUUUCACAGAUAGCAGAAAAAUUGCUGGGAUGUUCGAGGAGGACACCAUGCUUCACAGGUCUGUGGAUGAGCUGGAGCUUCACCCGGGGGAGUUAAACAACUUCCCCAUGACGGCCGACAGUCAAACACUUCUACGCACGCACCCGACAAUCAUGGACAAGUUAAUAGACGACGCGACAAUGAGCACUCUGGCCGACAACACAAACCCUCCUCCAGCCACCGCCGAAUACCCUGACUACACCAACGACAUCCACAUGAACACCAGGAAAGAGCUCACGAUUCAGCCCAAACAAUUAAAGCCAACAAAACGGUUCGAGUGCUUAUUCUGUGGGAAACUGUUCAACUACUUGAGCAGUUUAAAAGUCCACAUCCGGCGCCACUCCGGUGAGAAGCCGUUCAGCUGCUCCGUGUGCGGCAAGAGAUUCGCUCAGAAGACCUACCUGAAGCUGCACCAGCGCGUGCACUCGGGGGAGAAGCCGUACAGCUGCCCCAGCUGCGGCAAGAGCUUCUCCCAGAAAAGCUCCCUGAACAUUCACCUCCGGACACACACCGGUGAAAAGCCUUACAGCUGUGUGGACUGUGGGAAGUGUUAUGCUUACAAGUACGGCUUAAAUCACCACCAGUGUUUCACUUGACCUGUCAAACGACCACGUGGCUGUUUUUGGUGAGAUGUCUGGCUGUGAUGAGCGGUGCUUUCGGUUGUUCUCACAGUGGUCCAGCAUGUGCCAGUAUGUAUAUAAUAAUAAUUAAUAAUAAUAAUUCAUUUUAUUUGUAAGGCACUCUUCAUCCGAGGAUCUCAGAGUGCCACAAGUACAUAGUUAAAAACAAAGUCCUAAAAAAACUCAACUCAAAGUAAAAACGCCUUCUUGAAUAAAAAGGUUUUUAGGCCAGUCUUAAAAGAGUCCAGGGUCUGUGUUGCCCUCAGGUGGUCAGGGAGACCGUUCCAUAAGCGGGGCGCUGCUGAGCAAAAGGCCCGGUCGCCCAUGGUGCGGAGCUUGGUGUUGGGAACCCGAAGGAGCGAGCUACUUGUAGAUCUGAGGGUGCGGGUGGAGGUUUGGGGAGUUAUAUAGGGAGAUUUCAAAUACCCCAUUUUAAAUCAAAAAGCCUGAAUGGUCAACAGGGCUGUAAAUUGUAGCUUGUUUGGUGUUUUUAGUUUUACUUUAUAGGAAAUCCUGCAGCAGCAAAAUGAGGGUAUAAAUAAUAUUGAUCCCUUUCAGUGUAUCAUUUGAUUUGGUGGGAUUCUUGGCCGGGGGGGUUGUUGUCAAUUUGUACGAUCCCCUCAUCAAAUUGUUUUAAGGUCAAUUUCAGAAUUAUCAGCUUAGAUGAGACACAUUUUCUGAUCCAAAAAUAUUUCCCAUUUUGCCCAUGCAUGUUGUCUUAUGACUGGCGAAAUGUGUUACAUAUACAUAUAUACCUCAGUGUUGUUCUGUCCAUCAGACCACAAAAGGCCUGUGUUGAUGCCAAAAUAGCUUUGGACAAGUGCUCAGUUUGCACACAUGUAGCAUAAACCUUUAAAACUACCUCUUCACAACAAGGUUGGAGUAAAACAACUUCCUCAGUUUGCUUCAUUGCCCAUUGCCUCAACUCUGCUUUGUAUUCACCACAUGCCACGCUUCAUUUAUUGGCAUUUAUCAGUGGAGAGAGUAGGUAAGCCAAUUGCUUUGAAAUAACAUGAAAUGUUCUGUGUUGGUCACAUAUUUUUAAGAUUUGUAUUCAUUGUCCAGGUCUGAGAGGUGUUACUGUUCUGAAAUGUGUUUGUAUGGCUGUGUCAUUAUAGUGGAGAGACAAGUGUUGUCAAUGUUCAGUCUCUUAAAUGUUAACCAAGAAAUUAUAUUUUAUUCUGUACUUUCCAUUGAAAGAUCCUCAUCAGAGCCGUCUUCCUCUGGACAGAGCUAUUAGUGGAUCUUGGGUAUGACUCCGGAUAGGAUUCCCUCAGAACACACCACGCUAACACACUAAAUGAACCCAAGAGGGAUGUCUUUUUUAUUUCCUUCACACCUGCAUGCCUCCUUCACAGCCCUCCAAACUGCCAAAGUUGAAGAUUAUAUUCAAGGCAAAAAUACUUUAAAAGAAAGAGUUCUAUCAAUAAACAUUUGAAUCUCAAA